AUGUUAGAAGGUUUGUUAGGUCGUGGAUUCAGCUCCAAAUGUAAAUCGAUCAUCAAAGCCACUCGGACGAGGAUCGAAUUGGUGCGACGGAGAGCUGAGGCUAAGCAGAGGUUUCUGAAAGAAGAUCUGGCGAAAUUGCUUUUUAAUGGACUAGAUAUUAACGCCUACGGAAGGACUGAAGAAUUUAUCGCUGGACUUAGCCUCUUGUCAUGCUAUGAUUUUAUUGAGGAAUCUUGCGAAUACAUUGUAAAGGAGCUUUCAAAAAUGCAAAAGUUAGGGGAAUGUCCAGAAGAAUGUAGGGAGGCUGUGGCAUCUCUGAUGUUUGCAGCCGCAAGGUUCUCUGAUCUGCCUGAAUUGCGAGAUCUUAGGGAUACUUUUCAGGAGAGAUACGGAAAUUCUAUAGAGUCUUUUGUUAAUCAGAAGUUUAUUGAGAAAUUAUCUGCAAGGUCUCCCACAACAGAGAAGAGACUCCAGGUUUUGCAAGAUAUAGCUUCAGAGUUUUCAAUAAAGUGGAACUGUAAGGGGUUGGAACAGAGAAUUACUGCUCCUGCACUUGCAGAAGUGACAAUUUCAGAUAGGCAUAUCCCCAAACAGAGUCCUGUGUUUCUCGAUGAUGGAAACCAAACAUGCAACAGGCGAGAGGUUGAUGUUGUGAAAAGAAAUGAGUUAAAUCAUGUUGGUGGGCGGGAAAAAGCUAGUUAUUACAAACAGAAGUCACUUGUGAGGGGAGAAGAUGGCACUUCUAGUGGAGGCCAAGGCAUUUUAUUUCAUGGAAGGCAAGGAUUGAUAGAGGACAAGCAUUUGAAUCUAAAUGGGAAAGAUGAUAUUUUGCUGAAGAGAGUAAACAAAAGCAGUCCAUCCCCUCAAAACAUAGUGGAGAAUAUUGUUGGUGGCUACAUUAGGCACAAUAAUGGUGUCCAUACAAGAAAAGCAGAAACCAUAGAAGCAUCAUCUUGUAAAAAAUCAGAUCUUUCCACUAGUUGCACGGGAUUUCUGGAAAAAAGAGAAGAUCUUACUGCUUCCCCUGAUCAUGUUAAUAGAAAGAAUUUGUUGAACUUGACAGGAAAAGAACGACUGGAAGAAACAGAUCGGUUGAAAUCCUGCUACAACAAUCUCCCCCCUCCACCAUAUAUUAAAUCAAAAGAUAAUUCCAUUCUCCCUCUUCCUCCAUAUACUAAACCAAAAGAAGAUAAACAUGGAGCCAUCAGAAAGUCUAAACAUGAUGGUUCCAACUUUGAUGGACAUGUUAUUGGCUCUUCUCCUCACCAUAAAAGUAAAUCAGUCAACAGCUUGGGCAAAAGUAACGAGGAACCAAAUCAACAUGAUCGUGAAGGGAAAAGGCUUGGGCUCGUCAACAUAGACAGUUAUGGCCAUGAAAAGGAGGCUGAUUAUUAUCAGGAUAAUGCAAUUCCCUUGCCGAAACUGAGAUCAAAUCGGAGGAAAAACCAGAAAUCAUCAUCCAAUCAUGACAGUGUAGGUAAUGUUGAUGAUUUCAGUAGUGCGAAGAGGAGUUCAAGUAGCAGGAGAAGGGACCAUUCGAGAAAGGGGUUGCACGUCUUGUUUGAUAAUGAGCACGAUAAAAACGAUGAAGAGGAACAUGUGAUAGAUAGACUAUUAAUCCAUUACAGCAAGAAACCAUCGAGUUAUGAUGCCAGUAAAUCAAAGAAAAAGUUACUCUCUCGUUCUUCACAUCAGAGAGCCAUUCAGAGAGCUAUUGAUGCUAGUGAAUUAUCGCUCGAUCAGAGCAGAGAUGGACAAGAUGUUGAAUCAAAAAUUGUUCCACAGCCUGCCAGAUCGAUUUCUCUUCNGUGCAAGAUGAUGGACACAGUUGCCAACCUAUAUCGCUUCGGCCACCGCAGCUUAGCGUUGCAACAGCUGUCCACAGAGAUGCCAACCUAUAUCGCUUCGGCCACUACAGCUUAA